AUGACAGCUCCUUCCAACGAGAGUGUAAAGCCGCCUGAGCCCCUCGCCCAGCCUAUUCGAUUGAUUGUAGCCCUAGCUUCAUUGAGCGCCACUUCUCAACCUCCAUUUCUCACACCGUUUGCCAAUGCCGAACAGUACAAGACGAUAUCGUCCAAAUGGUUGACUUCCGUUUGCAAACUAUUGUCAUUCGAUCAAGGGAGAUUACCACCCGCGAUUUCGCCUGAGGAUGUAAAGGCUUCUGCGAAUGAUCAGAAGGAUGAAUGGACUCAGGAUGAAAUCACUAGAAUUGCAGGUAUACUAGUAGAAGCUAGUUUGGCUGCUGAGAAUAUCAGCGCGCAGAAGAGAAAAGACGAGAAGGAGGGUACAUUGAAAUAUUCACCUAUAUCAAGAUAUCUUUCAUACAAGACCCUACAGCUUUUGGGUUUACCCUCCAAAGAGCUUGUCCCGAGAGCAGAAAAGAACUUGUCAGCCACCUUGUUCCAUGCCUUGAAAGCUGCAGCGGAGAGAGAGAAUCAGGAGAAAGUUGACAAGGCCAGACAAGCCCAGUCACAGGGAUGGGGUGGCGCUUUGGGUAGACAUCUUGCUACCGGAGCAGGAGUAGUGGCAGGCGGUGUACUACUAGGAGUGACAGGUGGACUCGCCGCACCAGCGAUAGCAGCUGUUCUCGCACCUUUGGGAGUAGGCUCAAUCCUCUCUGCUUCCGCCGCCCCAGUUGUGUUGGGUACAUUGUUCGGUGUAGGUGGAGGAGGUUUAGCAGGUAAGAGAGUGAGGGAACGAUGGAGGGGAGUAGAGGAAUUUAGCUUUAUUGAAAUCGGAGAUGGACAUAAAUCGACUAAAGAGGAAUUGGACGACUUGAAGGAAUUCAAAGCCAGGAAAGAUCAGAAAAGGCUUGAACAGAAAGAUCAGAACAACAGUACCGAGAUUGCUGGUGAGAAAGGAGAAGAACUACAAGGGGAAGUAUCGGAGAAACAAGCUCAAGAUAUAGUACAACAAGGUAGAUUAGAUAUUGAAGAGAGAUUGCUUAAAUUAUCUUUGGAAUCCGGUACGAGACAAUCAAUAACUGCUGGAUCAGCUAGUAUACCUUCACCUACGAAUAGUCCUAGAGUAUCUUUGGACCAGGGUAAGGAAGAGAAGGAAUUGACGGACAUUAAGAAACCACCUAGUUUGACUGCUACCAUCGUUGUCCCUGGUCUGUUGACAGUAUCGCGAACAGAAGGUAUCACAGCCUGGCGAGCUAUUUGUUCGUCCGCAACUGAUUCGAACAAAGUUACUUCCGCUCCCAACAUCGCCUCGAAUGAUAAAGUAGUAUCUUCUUCUGUGAGCCAGCUAUCAGGGUUAAAAGACGGUAGAGAUGUGUACCUGUUGAGAUUUGAGAGUGCUGCAAUGUUACAAACAGGAAGAGAUGUCGAUUUGUGGGUGACUUCGAAGCUGAAGGGAUUGGUGAAGAAGGAAAUCAUCAAACGGACUGUCCUCUCGGCCUACUUCGCUGCUGUCAGCCUGCCGCUCUCGGUCUACUCAAUGGCAACUAUGACUCUCGAUAAUACCUGGAUGCAUGCUGUUGAUCGGGCUAAAAAGGCUGGCCGACUAUUAGGAGAAGUCAUCGAAAAGAGAGUCCAGGGUGAAAGGCCUGUCGUACUUAUUGGCUCAUCAGUAGGAGCACUCACCGUACUCCAUGCCUUACUCUAUCUCGCUUCUCUCCCAGGAAAAGGUUCUAUACCAACUUACGUCGAAUCUGCAUAUAUGAUCUCUUUACCUUCCGCACCUACCGCUGAGGAAUGGCAGAAAGUCAGGAGUGUCACUGGCAGAAGGGUAGUGAAUGCUUAUAGUGAUGCUGAUUUGGUAUUAGCGGGAGUUGUCAGACUCCACGAAGUCGUGUCAAGAGCAGCAGUCAUGUCCAACGGAAUUCGAGUCGCAGGAUUGGGACCGGUCGAACAGCCCGGAGUAGAGGAUAUGGACGUCUCAUCAGUACUUAGAGGUCAUAUGGAGAUACAAGCUAAGAUGCCUGAGAUCUUGAAGAUUAUCGAUAUUGAUGCUUAA